AUGAAACCAAAUGCAGACGUCAGUCUCAACCCUUUCGUUGUGAAGGAUUCGGAGAUUGUCCGUCACAAAGGCAGCCAAUACUCAGCUGCCAUGGCUCCCAUAAAAAAGGACAGUGCGACUUUCAAUAUGACCUGCUUACUUCGAGAAUGGGACCGUGCUCCUAGGGAAAGACGUCGCCAGCUUUUGCAAAAUUUUAUUGAUCAACACUGGAAUCGGUCUGGACCAGAACUGGAGCUCGAAUUAGCCCAAAUGGCCAGCCUUUUUCUUGCCCGCAUAUGCGUUUGGGUAAAGCUAACCUACAUGAGUGGAACCUGCUUAACAGAGCAGCUUCAAGUCCUCUACAUCUUCCUCUCUGCGGCCAGCAGUCACAACUUUUUGGCCGAAUUUCUGCAAAAUGGCGGUAUCCUCUGUUUACAGGAGCUCUGCGUUUUGCCCAGCGCCAGAGAAAUCGACAAAUACUGGGCCCUUCGUGUACUCUCUUGCGUGGCUAAUGGCGGCACGCGCUACAAAGAAACCAUCUGUGAAUGCUAUGGAAUUCGCGCAGUGGCGGAAUGUAUGGCCAAAUCGCGCUCAGAGCGAACUCAGGAAGCUGCACGUGACGUACUGGAGCAGUUGGCUGAAGGGAACCCGCGGUUCCGCGAUCAAGUCUACAAGGGCCUAAUUGCUGUUUUGCCUUGUGACUCUGCGAAGGCCCAACAGCUUGCCCUCCAGUCCAUUCGCAUUCUUCAGGUCAGGUCUAUUUCCUACCCCAGUUACCUUGUGGUUUUAGCUUCGCGCUCUUCGGAGCAACUUGUGUUAAAUUUUGCGAGUAACAAUGACAGGAAAACUCUCAUGAACGGAGCCUAUUUCGCCCUUCAAACCACUUAUGUUAAUAAAUUCGGUCUUCAUUUGGCUCUGCAAUUGAGCGCGGAAGAUCUCGUGACUCCUGCCAUUGGUCUGCCGCUCCUAGGAGGGAGUGAUCCAAUGGCCAAUCCUUUGCCCUGCACCGACCUAGACUUGGAUUUCAUUCCCUUUCAGAUCGGGAAUCCCGUGGCUAACAGGGCACUCAUUGAUCGUAUCAACAGCAUUAUGGAGUCUCUGCAUUUUGCUGUGCAAGCUGCUGCUCUGGAGCUUGUUCGUACCCUCAUGCAAUGCGACAUUGCCGAUGACAUCCUAAAAGCUCUUGUUCGCCUCCUUCAUCCUCAAAAGGAAAUCGAAUUGGGCAAACUUUUCAACGAAGCUACUAAGUCUAUUUCUGAUAGCAGUGACGAUGAUGGCAACGAUUUUUCUGAAACCGCAAAUGGGAAAGCUGAUGAUAGGGGUAAGCUAUGUUUUGUGUUUUUAAAUGAACAUAGAUUUUGCACCACAUUCCUACAAAAAUAA